CGCUCCCUGCCGCCCCCAGUGCAGGGCUCGAGGCCCGGAAAGAAUGUGCAGCUGACAGAGAACGAGAUCCGCGGCCUGUGCCUGAAGUCCAGGGAGAUUUUCCUGAGCCAGCCCAUCCUUCUGGAGCUGGAGGCGCCCCUCAAGAUCUGCGGCGACAUCCACGGCCAGUACUACGACCUGCUGCGCCUGUUCGAGUACGGCGGCUUCCCUCCGGAGAGCAACUACCUCUUCCUGGGGGACUACGUGGACCGCGGCAAGCAGUCCUUGGAGACCAUCUGCCUGCUGCUGGCCUAUAAGAUCAAGUACCCCGAGAACUUCUUCCUGCUCCGCGGGAACCACGAGUGUGCCAGCAUCAACCGCAUCUACGGCUUCUACGAUGAGUGCAAGAGGCGCUACAACAUCAAGCUGUGGAAAACAUUCACCGACUGCUUCAACUGCCUGCCCAUCGCCGCCAUCGUGGACGAGAAGAUCUUCUGCUGCCACGGAGGCCUGUCCCCAGACCUGCAGUCCAUGGAGCAGAUCAGGCGCAUCAUGAGGCCCACGGACGUGCCUGACCAGGGGCUGCUGUGUGAUCUGCUGUGGUCGGACCCCGACAAGGAUGUGCAGGGCUGGGGCGAGAAUGACCGUGGCGUCUCCUUCACCUUCGGGGCUGAGGUGGUGGCCAAGUUCCUGCACAAGCACGACCUGGACCUCAUUUGCCGGGCGCACCAGGUGGUAGAGGACGGCUAUGAGUUCUUUGCCAAGCGGCAGCUGGUGACACUCUUCUCGGCUCCCAACUACUGUGGCGAGUUUGACAACGCAGGCGCCAUGAUGAGCGUGGACGAGACGCUGAUGUGUUCCUUCCAGAUCCUCAAGCCCGCCGACAAGAAUAAGGGGAAGUACGGGCAGUUCAGCGGCCUGAACCCCGGAGGCCGGCCUAUCACCCCACCCCGCAACUCCGCCAAAGCCAAGAAGUAGCCUCCGUGGGCCUGUCCUCUGCCCCUGGUGGUGGACUGUACAGAAUCAAGUGGCUAUGAGGGCCGCCCACGCUGGCCGCAGGCCCACCUGUCAUGGGGAACAUGGAACCUUGGUGUAUUUUUCUUUUUUUAAUGAAUCACUAGCAGCAUCCAGACCCCCGGGGCCCCUCUGCUGUGCCAGGGGUGGCUGCAAGCAGGGUCCUGGGGCUGAGGCUGCAGCUCAGGGCAAAGCGGGGCCAGAUUGUGGGGCUCCAGCCUUGCUCGUCCUUGGGGCUGGCAGCCGGCUCCUGGGGCAACCCAUCUGGUCUCUUGAAUAAAGGUCAAAGCUGGAUUCUUGC